AUGGAGACGGAGCGGAUACACGUGGAGGUUGCUGCGCAUACGACUUACCUCAACCAAGAUCGGACGCUUUGGAUCCUCGAUCGGGAUCCCGACGAGAAGCAGGAGAUAGUGACUCCUGCGGUCCACCUCAGCGAAUUCGUCAAUCUCCUUAGCGAGAAGAUGCAGGAUUUUCGUGCGCAAGUGGGCCCCUGGAUUUGGCCCUUGCACGACAGCGAUGUUGCUUCUGCCAUCGUGUUGAGUGAAGUGACAGACAAUCACGCCGCUAUGUGGCGCAAGAUUCUGUGGGGCUUGCGGCUAAUUCCACCACCAACUGGCGGCGUCGUGGAGAGAUGCAUCAUGGAACACUACGGCCGAGAGGUCGGCUAUGUCUUCAACUGGGCGAACCUCUUCACGCGUGCCCUCUGGGUGCUCGCUGUGCCUAUGCUGAUCUUUGGCAUACUCGGCGUCGGCCCAGGCGACCAGAGCUCCGAGUCGAUCCCUUGGUAUUGUAUGCAAGUGAUGACCCUUGCCUGGGGUCUCGCUGUCGUGGCCUUUAGCAGCUCCCGCCAAGCGGUACUGCGAAGUGGCACCGGCCUACGACGACACAUGAAG